GGGCGGGUGGUUGGGUCGAGGUUACCGGAGAAAAGAAGUUGAAUGGAUCCGAGGGUAGCCUGGAUUCAGCCCGAACAGAAAGGACCCGCGAACGCCUUAUGGAUGCACGUCUGGGAGACCUCUCAGGGAGCGCGGACGCUCUCCGCUCAGCACCAGCUCCACAACCAGAACAUCAGCCAGUGCGUGAGUUACGCGGCGUUGGACGUUUUGAAAAAUGUGGCGACCGCGGUGGCGUCGGGCAAGAGCGUCGUCGUCGGCGGCGGCGACGUUACCGCCGGCCUGAGCGGCAGCGGCGGCGGCCAUCGCGUCGUCAUGAACGGCGCCGCGAUCUCCUCGCUCGGGAUCGCGCUGUCCAAGGGGAAUGUACACAACGCUUUCGCAGCGGCGCCGGCCGAGGGGAGAAGCCUCCCGCGGAAGACGGGCUCCGUGUCCUCGUCCUCCUCGCAGGAGUCCCGGACCGACAGCCCCCCGCCCGGCUGCUCGCUUGAGCGGACUACUGCGGCGAAGGCACCGGGGAGCGGUGCCACUCUGCAGCUGAGCGCGAGGGACGGCGUGGACAACAAUGUCAACCUUUACCACCACCACCACCAGCACAAGCACCAACAACGUCCCCUACAGGAGCACACGGCGUUCAAUCUCCAGCAGCUCUGCGUGAAAAGCCACCAGGCUCAGCCCCCUGUACCUGCGAACCACACACACAACAACCACCACCACCACCACCCGGGCCGCAGGAAAAGCGACAACAAAGCGAGCACUUAUGGGAUGAAUUACCUGCUUUCCAACUGCACUAACGGCAACCACGCGAGCACCUGGACGCCGUGGAAGACGAGGAAGUACAACCCCGGGGUCGUCGGGCUCCACGAGGAGGUGAUGGACCUCUACAACUUCAUGUCCCCUCGGCCAGAGGAAGCAGCUAUGAGGAAGGAGGUGGUGAACCGGAUAGAGACCAUCAUCAAGGAGCUGUGGCCCACUGCAGAUGUCCAAAUAUUUGGCAGCUUCAGCACAGGGCUGUACCUCCCAACAAGCGACAUCGACCUGGUGGUGUUCGGGAAGUGGGAGCGGCCCCCGCUGCAGGAGCUGGAACAGGCUCUACGCAAGCACAACGUGGCCGAACCCUUCUCCAUCAAAGUGCUGGACAAGGCUACGGUGCCAAUCAUCAAGCUGACGGACCAGGAGACCGAGGUGAAGGUGGACAUCAGUUUCAACGUGGAGACUGGUGUGAAGGCGGCAAGCUUCAUUAAAGAUUAUGUAAAGAUGUACCCUGUGCUGCCUUACCUGAUCUUUGUGCUGAAGCAGUUUCUGCUGCAGAGGGACCUCAACGAAGUCUUCACCGGGGGAAUCAGCUCCUACAGCCUCAUCCUCAUGGUCAUCAGCUUCCUGCAGCUCCAUCCUCGCAUCGACGCCAGAAACCCCAGUGAGAAUCUGGGCGUGUUGCUGAUCGAGUUCUUUGAGCUGUACGGCCGCCAUUUCAACUACUUGAAGACUGGGAUCCGCAUCAAAAGUGGAGGCGCGUACAUUCCCAAAGAGGAGAUCAUGAAGGCCAUGACGAACGGAUACCGGCCAUCCACGCUGUGCAUAGAGGACCCGCUUCUCCCAGGUAACGAUGUGGGGAGGGGCUCCUACGGCGCCCUGCACGUCAAGCAGGUGUUCGACUACGCCUACACCGUCCUGAGUCACGCCGUGUCGCCGCUCGCGCGGUCCUAUCCCAACAAGGACUCUGAAAGCACCUUGGGGAGGAUAAUCCGGUUGACCCAGGAAGUUAUCGACUAUCGGGAAUGGAUCAUUAAGAAGUGGGGGGGCAGGGAGCUGGCGCGAUCAGACAACAGAGUCUCCCCUACCACGGAGCCGGCGCCGCAGCCCGAGCGCUGCAUGCUGGGCGGCGUGGAGGCGGAGGAGCAGCAGAGGGACUCGGCGUCGCCGCACAGCGCCGACUCGCCCAUGUCCAUCUCCAGCCCCCGGCAGCACUCGUCGGCCUCCUCCGUGUCCUCGCUGUCUGGAUCCGACAACGACUCUGAUUCGGCGCUGCCGUGUCCCGUCCCUCCUCCCCCCGCCAUGCCGCCGUACCCGUCUUUCCCGCACCUGGGCCUGGCUUUGCCGCCGGGCCUCAACUUGGGCACCUGCAAGCCCGGCAUUGGAGGCCACCACCACCACCACCACCACCACCUCCUCCUGCAUUCCGGCUCACAGGCUCGCGUCUCGCUGCCCGGUGGUCUAGCCAUGCACUCCAUACCUGGCAGACAGGUGUGUAUAGAGACCGGGCUCCCUUCCUUCUUCCAAAUGCCCCCCCCAGCCCGGGCUCAUGCCCCCGCCCCCUCCAGCCCCCAGUCUCCGCCCAGCCCCCACUCGGGCCACACACACAAGAACGCAGCCAAUUUCAACGUGAAGGGCUUCCACAACCCGCCGCUGGGCAACAACCCCGUCCUGGCGAACCGCGGACACACACACAGUCACACGCAGUACCACCGCAACACCUGGCGCCGCAGAAAGAGGGACAGCCUCCCGGUCAGCCUCAGCAGGUAGUCGCCCCGCCCCUCGGGCUGCAGCAGCCCGGGGAGGAUGGACAGGCAGACCCACAGAGGUCCACUCUGGGACGUGGAGCUCCACCCCCCCCCCCCCUCCCCUCCAGACCCAGGUCUGCGUCUUCGCCCUACUGUCUCCUGCUGUCCCCUCCUGUCCGCAUGACGUUCGCUUCCACUUUUGUAUUUUCAGUAUUAUGUUACUUUCAAUAUUUUGUUUCCUUUUUUUGUUUGACGUGGUGAUGAGGUCAUCGCCAAGUACACUUGACCUCGUUUUGACCGUUGCAGCCAAGCUGCCUGCGGGUUCAGUGUUACUUUUUUUUUUUUACAGUUUAUACACUUAAGAACAAAACAUUUUUUUUUUUCAUUUGUGCAAUAAUGUUAUUUUUCUUUUUUAAGCUAAGGUAAAUGCUUAUUUAAUUGUGUGUGUGUGUGUGUGUGUGUGUGUGUGUGUGUGUGUGUGUGUGUGUGUGUGUGUGUAUAUGUAAGGCAUAAGGCAUUUUUAUACAGUUGUUUUAUUUUUGUAGUUUUAAAUUGUUUCCGAAACCUUUCACCAGGCAGGUGUGCGCGUGUGUGUGUGUGUGUGUGUGUGCGCGCCUGCCUGUCGCCAGGUCGAGUCAGACCCGAGUUCAAAGACCCCGAUCCCUUCCCUCUCGUUCCGUCUCAAGUUGUUCCGUUGGAUAAAGCGGCACCAGAGGAGGACACCGAGCUCUUAACUUCAUAUCCUUCCACUUGUCUUCAUCGCCCCCCCCCUCCCUUGUGAAAAAUGUUGGACGUUGACGGAGAAUUCCUCGUGAGAGUUUUGUUCCUCUGUCCAGAGGGAAGUGGAAGGGUAGAAACGGCACCCUGGGAAAUGGUGAGAAACCCGAGUUGAGGAUGUGAUCCCCUCUUGAGCCAGAAGAGGGCGCCCCUGAGCGGGUGGCGCCUCAGCAGCGCCUCCUCCCGGUCUGUGCGUCUGUCCCCAGUGGGACCGUCCUUGUUGCCGUAUCCGGGCCGGUUUGGGCCAGCUUCCUCUCCACUACAAGUGAUUUUUUAAUUUUUUUUUAUAUAUAGAGAAGAGCUUCCUGACUACGAAGAGUUCUGGCCCCCAAGUCCUCUUAAACGUACACGCUCGUGUCUUUUCGCGGCCGUCUCUUUCUGUCACGUGUUGUCGGCGGGUUGGGACCGAGAAGGCAACAGCUGUCCUAACUGGACAUCUAAGAUCAAGAAUGGAGUGACGGGCCGGAGAAAGAGCCCCAGAAGUCCUCUCGAGCCCCUCCAGUCGAGGGGCGCGCCUGUGUAAAUCACUGCAGAUCAACACUACGAUGUUCAUCCAUACGGUUUUCUCCUCAGAGGGAGGGAGGGGGAGA